CUUGUCGAAUGCGAGGCUUCUAGUCCCUCCCGGCUUUCCGUUCUCCAGGCCCGGCUGACAGAGUUAGCUGGGGCCGCCAUAUUAAGUAAGCGACCCGGUCUCCUAAGGGUCGUUGUGGUCCGGACAGUUUAGCAGAGCAGCCUCCGCGGCUCCGGGGAGAAGCAAUAUGUUAAGGACACCUCUAAGAAAGGCCUUAGUAGGCCUUCCUAAGUCUCCUAAAGGAUGUGCCCGAACAACUGCCACAGCAGCAAGCAACUUGAUUGAAGUAUUUGUUGAUGGUCAGUCUGUCAUGGUGGAACCAGGAACGACCGUCCUCCAGGCUUGUGAGAAGGUUGGCAUGCAGAUCCCUCGAUUCUGUUAUCAUGAAAGGUUGUCUGUUGCUGGAAACUGCAGGAUGUGCCUUGUUGAAAUUGAGAAAGCUCCUAAGGUUGUAGCUGCUUGUGCCAUGCCAGUAAUGAAGGGUUGGAAUAUCCUGACAAACUCAGAAAAGUCCAAGAAAGCCAGAGAAGGUGUGAUGGAGUUCUUACUAGCAAAUCACCCACUGGACUGUCCUAUUUGUGACCAGGGAGGUGAAUGUGAUCUGCAGGACCAGUCCAUGAUGUUUGGAAAUGAUAGGAGCCGAUUUUUAGAGGGGAAACGUGCUGUGGAAGACAAAAACAUUGGGCCAUUGGUAAAGACCAUCAUGACAAGAUGUAUUCAGUGUACUCGCUGCAUCAGGUUUGCAAGUGAGAUUGCAGGAGUUGAUGAUUUGGGAACAACAGGCAGAGGAAAUGAAAUGCAAGUUGGUACAUACAUUGAAAAGAUGUUCAUGUCUGAACUGUCUGGAAAUAUCAUUGAUAUAUGCCCUGUAGGUGCUCUCACCUCUAAGCCCUAUGCCUUUACUGCCCGGCCUUGGGAAACAAGAAAGACAGAAUCCAUUGAUGUAAUGGAUGCAGUUGGGAGUAAUAUUGUGGUUAGCACAAGAACUGGAGAAGUGAUGAGGAUUUUGCCACGUAUGCAUGAAGACAUCAAUGAAGAGUGGAUCUCUGAUAAAACCAGAUUUGCCUAUGAUGGGCUAAAACGUCAAAGACUUACCCAGCCGAUGGUCAGAAAUGAAAAAGGGCUUUUAACCUAUACUUCCUGGGAGGAUGCACUCUCUCGUGUAGCAGGAAUGUUGCAGAGUUUUCAAGGCAAAGAUGUGGCAGCAAUUGCAGGUGGCUUGGUGGAUGCUGAAGCCCUAGUAGCUCUCAAAGAUUUGCUUAAUAGAGUGGACUCUGACACCUUAUGCACUGAAGAGGUCUUCCCUACUGCAGGAGCUGGCACAGAUUUGCGUUCCAAUUAUCUGCUUAAUACUACAAUUGCUGGUGUGGAAGAGGCAGAUGUUGUACUUCUAGUUGGUACAAAUCCACGUUUUGAGGCACCGCUGUUUAAUGCUAGAAUUCGAAAGAGCUGGCUGCACAAUGACUUAAAAGUGGCCCUUAUAGGCAGUCCAGUGGACCUCACUUACAGCUAUGACCACCUGGGAGACUCCCCCAAAAUUCUUCAAGAUGUUGCUUCGGGUAGCCAUCCAUUUAGCCAGGUCCUAAAGGAAGCUAAAAAACCUAUGGUGGUUUUAGGCAGUUCUGCACUACAAAGAAAUGAUGGAGCAGCAAUUUUUGCAGCUGUUUCUAGCAUUGCACAAAAGAUUCGGAUGACUAGUGGCGUUACUGGUGAUUGGAAAGUUAUGAAUAUCCUUCAUAGGAUUGCAAGUCAAGUAGCUGCUUUAGACCUUGGCUAUAAACCUGGGGUGGAAGCAAUUCGGAAGAACCCUCCCAAGGUGCUGUUUCUCCUGGGAGCAGAUGGAGGUUGUAUCACACGACAGGAUUUGCCAAAGGAUUGUUUCAUUAUUUAUCAAGGACAUCAUGGUGAUGUUGGGGCUCCCAUAGCUGAUGUUAUUCUCCCAGGAGCUGCUUACACAGAGAAGUCUGCUACAUAUGUCAACACUGAGGGUAGAGCUCAGCAGACUAAAGUAGCAGUGACACCUCCUGGCUUGGCAAGAGAAGACUGGAAAAUUAUAAGAGCACUCUCUGAGAUUGCGGGGAUAACUCUUCCAUAUGAUACUCUGGAUCAAGUAAGGAACAGAUUGGAAGAAGUCUCUCCUAAUCUUGUUCGAUAUGAUGAUAUCGAAGGGGCUAAUUACUUCCAGCAAGCAAAUGAGCUCUCAAAGCUGGUGAAUCAGCAGCUUCUUGGUGACCCACUUGUUCCACCUCAGCUAACUAUAAAAGACUUUUACAUGACAGAUUCAAUUAACAGCUGCCAAGUUACUCAGAGGAGCAGAUGGUAUAACUGAUCAUGUCCUACCAAA